CCCUAAAUCUUUUUUCGCCUUCUUCCGCCGAGAUUUUUCCCAGUCCAAAACUUAGCUCUGAUAGCAAUAUCGAUGAAGAAGAGGGAAACAGCUAACAAAGAUCAAAUGAGAGAAACAAAGAGCAAGAGCAAGAACGUGAGCGUCUCUGUAAAAUCGCAGAAACAAAAAGCAGUAGUAAAGGAAGUGAAACCAGUGGAAAAGGAAGUGAAGAGCUUGAAAGAGGAAGACUUGCUAUUAGAUUCGGGAACUGAUUCCGAUUACGACGGAGAUAGUUUGUCCGGGUCUUUGAAUUCCGAUGAUUUCGACUCCGAUAUUUUUGAUUCCGAGGAUGAUGGUUCACAGAGAGAGACAGAAGACGGAGACAGAGAAUCAUCUAAAGACGAGGUCCAUGGUAUUGAGGGCUCGGAUGAUAAUGAUGAUGAAGGUGAACAAGUAGAUAGUGAAAAUGGUGAGGAAGAUGGGAGUGGUGAUGAAGGUUCUGAGCAAGAUGAAGUCGCCGAAGAGAGCGAUUCCUCAGAAGAUGAGGUUGCUCCAAGGAAUACAGUUGGGGAUGUUCCCCUGGAGUGGUAUAAGGAUGAGAAACAUAUUGGUUAUGACAUCACUGGGAAGAAGAUUACCAAGAAAGAAAAACAAGACAAACUCGACUCUUUUCUUGCAACUAUGGAUGACUCCAAAAAUUGGCGCAAAAUAUAUGAUGAAUAUAAUGACGAGGAAGUGGAGCUCACUAAAGAGGAGAGCAAGCUCAUUCGUAGGAUGCUCAAAGGGGAAGCCCCACAUGCUGACUUUGAUCCGUAUACGCCUUAUGUCGAUUGGUUUAAAUGGGAUGAUGCAAUACAUCCACUCUCAAGUGCACCAGAACCCAAGCGAAGGUUCAUCCCUUCAAAAUGGGAGGCUAAAAAGGUUGUCAAGUAUGUUAGAGCAAUCCGGAAGGGGUUGAUCAAGUUUGAUAAGCCUGAAGAAGAGCCCAAUGUAUACCUUUUAUGGGGUGAUGAUUCAACUUCAGAUCAAAAGAGCAAGCACUUAACUUAUAUUCCUCCACCGAAACUGAAAUUGCCAGGACACGAAGAAUCAUACAAUCCUUCUUUGGAAUACAUUCCAACAGAGGAAGAGAAAGCCUCUUAUGAAUUGAUGUAUGAGGAAGAUCGUCCAAAUUUCAUUCCUACAAGGUUUGCAUCCCUGAGAAGCAUCCCAGCAUAUCCGAAUGCACUAAAAGAGUCCUUUAACCGUUGUUUGGAUCUAUACCUAUGUCCAAGAGUUCGAAAGAAGAGAAUAAACAUCGAUCCUGAAUCGUUGAAACCUAAGCUACCUAGUAGGAAGGAUCUCAGACCUUACCCAAACUCCUGUUAUCUUGAAUAUAAAGGCCAUACAGGAGCUGUUACUUCCAUAUCCACUGAAUGUUCUGGCCAGUGGAUAGCCUCAGGUUCAACUGAUGGGUCUGUUCGUCUAUGGGAAGUGGAAACUGGUAGAUGUCUUAAGAUCUGGCAGUUUGAUGAAGCUGUUAAGUGUGUGGCUUGGAAUCCACUUUCCGACUUUCCAAUUUUAGCCGUUGCCAUGGGACGAGAUUUGGUCAUCCUGAACACUGAACUUGGCACUGAUGAGGAACAGAAAAAUAUUAAAGAUCUGCUUCAAUUAGGAGAUCUUCCAGAACCAAAAGCAGCUGUUGCAGCAAUUGUAAGCUGGCUUCCAGAUGAGCUAUAUGGAGGGAUCAAGAUAAGACAUUUUAAGAACAUAUCGAAUAUUGACUGGCAUCGUAAGGGAGACUACCUCUCGACAGUCAUGGCAUCCGGCGAAACGCGAGGUGUUGUAAUUCAUCAAAUCUCAAAAAAGGUUACAACAAAGCCAUACAAGAUCCGCGGACUUCCAGUCUCUGCAGUGUUUCAUCCCAGCCGUUCAUACUUGUUCAUCGCGACAAAGAAGAACGUGCGUGUUUACAAUCUGUUAACGGUAGAUGAGCCUGUCAAAAAGCUUGAGACUGGAAUGAGAGAAAUCUCAUCAAUGGCGAUUCAUCCUGGUGGUGAUAAUCUGAUAGUAGGAAGCAAAGAAGGGAAGAUGUGUUGGUUUGACAUGGAUCUGUCUUCGAAACCGUACAAGACUCUGAAGAAUCAUCCUAAAGACAUCACGAAUGUGGCAUAUCACCGUUCGUAUCCUUUGUUUGCUUCGUCCUCGGAGGAUUCAACAGCUUAUGUGUUCCAUGGGAAGGUGUUUAAUGAUCUGAACGAGAAUCCUCUGAUUGUGCCGUUGGAGAUUCUAAGAGGCCAUUCUUCUUCAAACGGAGGAGGAGUCUUGGAUUGCAAGUUUCAUCCGAGGCAACCAUGGCUGUUCACUGCAGGCGCUGACUCAAUUAUUAAACUCUAUUGCCACUAAAUUGAUCACAAGCCCAAUAUUUGGCAAUUUUCAUCUCCAUUUUGUUUUUUUUUUCUUGUGUUGUAUUCACAUCCACAUUUUGUAUUAAAACAAAUGGAUGAUGUAUUUCUACUGCCAUUUAAUUGGUUCAAUAUUAUAU